AGCUCGGAUGUGUGUGUUGGAGGAGUGACACGUGCUGAAGAGAAAAUAAAAAAUAAAGACAAAAAAGACAAAAAAAAAAAAAUUCACGGUAAUAAAAGACACAUCUAGGAGUUUUAUUUUAUUUUCAUAUUUUUACUGUACAUAAUUUUAAGGUGGAUUUUUGUUUUUCAUUCUUUACUUGAACUGAAGUCCACGUCAACCAUGGGAAGAGGAGAAGGACGCGAGCAGUAUGAGCUGGCUGCGACCUCGGAGCAGGGCGGCAAGAAGAAGGCGAAAGGGAAGAAGAAAGAAAAGGAUAUGGAUGAACUGAAGAAGGAAGUGGAUAUGGAUGAUCACAAGCUGACCCUGGAUGAGCUCAAUCGCAAAUAUGGAACAGACCUCACCAAUGGUUUGACUAGUACGAAGGCUGCUGAGAUUCUGGCCCGUGAUGGGCCCAAUGCCCUCACUCCUCCUCCCACCACCCCAGAGUGGGUCAAAUUCUGCAAACAGAUGUUUGGUGGUUUCUCCAUGCUUCUCUGGACUGGUGCCAUCCUCUGUUUCCUGGCCUAUGGUAUCCAGGCUGCAUUGGACGAGGAACCUGCAAAUGAUAAUUUGUACCUGGGUGUUGUACUGUCUGCUGUCGUCAUCAUCACUGGUUGCUUCUCCUACUACCAAGAGGCCAAGAGCUCCAAGAUCAUGGACUCUUUCAAGAACCUGGUUCCACAGCAAGCCCUGGUUAUUCGUGACGGUGAGAAGAAGAGCAUCAAUGCUGAGGAUGUGGUGGUUGGAGAUUUAGUGGAGGUGAAAGGUGGAGACAGGAUCCCUGCUGAUCUGAGGAUCAUCUCUGCCCAUGGCUGCAAGGUGGACAACUCCUCUCUGACUGGUGAAUCUGAGCCACAGACUCGGGCUCCUGACUUCUCCAAUGAGAACCCACUGGAGACCCGGAACAUUGCUUUCUUCUCUACCAACUGUGUUGAAGGAACUGCCCGUGGUAUUGUGAUCAGCACUGGAGAUCGCACAGUUAUGGGUCGUAUCGCCACGCUAGCCUCAGGGCUUGAGGUUGGACGCACCCCCAUCUCCAUUGAGAUUGAGCACUUCAUUCACAUCAUCACGGGCGUGGCUGUCUUCCUUGGUGUGUCCUUCUUUGUCCUCUCCCUCAUCCUUGGAUACUCUUGGCUGGAGGCUGUCAUCUUCCUCAUUGGGAUCAUUGUUGCCAAUGUGCCAGAAGGUCUCCUGGCUACUGUCACUGUGUGUCUGACUCUGACUGCUAAGCGUAUGGCCAAGAAGAACUGCCUGGUGAAGAACCUGGAAGCUGUGGAAACUCUGGGCUCCACCUCCACCAUCUGCUCGGACAAGACUGGCACCCUGACCCAGAACAGGAUGACUGUGGCCCACAUGUGGUUUGACAACCAGAUCCACGAGGCUGACACCACAGAGAACCAGAGCGGGACCUCCUUCGACAGGAGCUCAGCCACCUGGACUGCCCUGGCCAGAGUUGCUGGACUUUGCAACCGUGCCGUCUUCCUGGCUGAGCAGAGCAACUUUCCCAUCCUGAAGAGAGAUGUUGCAGGUGACGCCUCUGAGUCUGCUCUGCUGAAAUGUAUCGAGCUGUGCUGUGGAUCAGUCCAGGAAAUGAGAGAGAAGAACCCCAAAAUUGCUGAGAUUCCAUUCAACUCCACCAACAAGUACCAGCUCUCCAUUCACAAGAAUUCUGCACCUGAAGGGGAGACCAAGCACCUGCUGGUGAUGAAAGGAGCCCCAGAGAGGAUCUUGGACCGGUGCUCCACUAUCAUGAUGCAGGGAAAAGAGCAGCCUCUGGAUGACGAGAUGAAAGAUGCUUUUCAGAAUGCCUACCUGGAACUGGGAGGCCUGGGAGAGAGAGUACUGGGUUUCUGCCAUUUCAACCUGCCUGAUGACCAGUUCCCAGAAGGCUUUGCUUUUGACACUGAAGAGGUGAACUUCCCCACUGAGAAACUUUGCUUCAUUGGCCUCAUGUCCAUGAUCGACCCUCCUCGUGCUGCUGUGCCUGAUGCUGUUGGUAAAUGCAGAAGUGCUGGAAUCAAGGUGAUCAUGGUCACAGGUGAUCAUCCAAUCACAGCUAAGGCCAUUGCUAAGGGUGUGGGUAUCAUCUCUGAAGGCAAUGAGACCGUUGAGGACAUUGCCGCACGUCUGAACAUCCCAAUCAAUGAAGUCAACCCAAGAGAUGCCAAGGCCUGUGUGGUCCAUGGUGGCGACCUGAAGGACCUGACCUCAGAACAGCUUGAUGACAUCCUGAAGUACCACACUGAGAUUGUGUUUGCCAGAACCUCCCCGCAGCAGAAACUGAUCAUUGUGGAGGGCUGCCAGAGACAGGGUGCCAUUGUGGCUGUGACAGGUGACGGUGUGAACGACUCUCCAGCUCUGAAGAAAGCUGACAUUGGUGUUGCUAUGGGGAUCGCUGGGUCUGACGUCUCCAAGCAGGCCGCUGACAUGAUCCUGCUGGAUGACAACUUUGCCUCCAUCGUUACUGGAGUAGAAGAAGGUCGUCUGAUCUUUGAUAACUUGAAGAAGUCCAUUGCCUACACUUUGACCUCCAACAUCCCUGAGAUCACCCCAUUCCUCCUCUUCAUCAUCGCCAACAUCCCUCUGCCCUUGGGAACAGUCACCAUCCUUUGUAUUGACCUGGGAACUGACAUGGUCCCUGCCAUCUCCCUGGCUUAUGAAGCAGCAGAGAGUGACAUCAUGAAGAGACAGCCCAGAAACCCCAAGACAGACAAGCUGGUGAAUGAGAGGCUCAUCAGUAUAGCCUAUGGACAAAUCGGUAUGAUCCAGGCGCUGGCAGGUUUCUUCACCUACUUUGUCAUUCUGGCUGAAAACGGCUUCCUUCCCUCCACCCUGCUGGGCAUUCGAGUGUCCUGGGAUAGUAAACACGUCAAUGACCUAGAAGACAGCUAUGGACAGCAGUGGACUUAUGAGCAGAGGAAGAUUGUGGAGUUCACCUGCCACACAGCCUUCUUCGCCAGCAUCGUCAUUGUGCAGUGGGCUGAUCUGAUCAUCUGUAAGACCAGGAGGAACUCUGUCUUCCAACAGGGCAUGAAGAACAAGAUCCUGAUCUUUGGGUUGUUUGAGGAGACUGCCCUGGCUGCCUUCCUCUCCUACUGCCCAGGCAUGGAUGUUGCCCUCAGGAUGUACCCUCUCAAGCCCAACUGGUGGUUCUGCGCCUUCCCAUACUCCCUACUUAUCUUUAUCUAUGAUGAAAUCCGUAAGCUGAUCCUCAGACGCAGCCCAGGAGGCUGGGUGGAACGGGAGACCUACUAUUAAAGACCCAUCAGUCCAGUCAGCUCGCGUUUUCUCCUCCACUCCCGUCUUUGCAUGAAUAUUGUCUUGCUGCUCGGAAUAAAAUUUUAACCUCUGUGGACAAAAAAUUGGAACGUGUUUUUAUAUUAGGGAAUGCUUGAUACUACUAUUAGACAAAUACUGAGAUGAUGGUAUGUGCUGAUGAUGAUGAUGAUGAUGAUGUUGAUAAAUGAUAAUGCUAAUAAUGACAUGAACACUGAACAUUGACAUGACUAUGCGUGCCUUGUUUCUGAAACAGGACCAAUUUUAUACAUGUUUUUAACAGUUAUAAACGUUCAAUAAAAAUGCGCUCGAGUCAGGUCCCACA